AUGGCAUCUCUCGCCAUGUUUCGUCUCACAGCUCGUCCCGCCACUUCCGCCUUCCUCAGACCCUGCACCCGGUCAUUCAAGAGAGCUCCAGCUGUCACUCAAUCGUUUUCCGCAAGGUCCCCAUUCAGCUCUUCGGCCAUCCAGAGAAGCGCCGGCCACGAAGACGAAACGUUCGAAGAAUUCUCUGCGAGAUAUGAGAAGGAAUUUGAUGCUGUGCAGGAUGUCUUUGAGCUUCAGCGAAACCUCAACAAUGCCUUUGCCUACGAUCUCGUCCCUUCUCCCGGGGUUGUGACAGCUGCUUUGAAAGCUGCCAGACGUGUCAACGAUUUCCCUACUGCUGUGAGAAUAUUUGAAGGCAUCAAAGCAAAGGUCGAGAACAUUCAACAAUAUCAGGAAUACCUAGAGGAACUGAAACCUCUGCGCGAAGAGCUCGGAAUUAACCUGAAAGAAGACCUCUACCCCGAAAACAGUGACAGCCCAUACCACAACCCAUAG